CGCGAGAGACAGAGAGGGCGAGAUAGCAAGUGCGAGAAGGAGGGAAGGGUGGAUUGAGCGACAAUUUCGCAGUUACGCAAGCCGGCAUUUCCCACAGAUAAGCCGAGCUAGGGUGUUUUCCACGCGAACGAGCGAGGGAGGAAGGGUGAUUGUGCACGAGCGGCGCUCCCUUCGGCCUCAUAAGCGAGACCGUGAGCUUCAAGGAUCACUGAAGGGGGAAGCGGCGAUCGUCCAGGAAGGCGAUCGCUCAUGAUGACUCAUGCGUCUCGAGUGGCACAAGCAGAAGUUCUUACUGCCGGAAGAACAUGUGCGACCGAGCAACUGUAAGCUCCGAUUGAAGGGAAACCGUAGGGCAGCAAGGAAAAAAAAGGUUUUUUUGUGUUAAGACAAACGAGAAGGACAUUAAGGCGGAAAGAGCUCCAGAAAUCUCCGAGAUGGCUACUGGAACAUCUGGGACCUAUUCACCAUCGCAAUGCUUGGAAAGGAAACAACAAGAACAGAAAAGGAAAACUUUUCAAGAAGUUGAUUGGGCUCGAUCCGAUGGUCGGAAUUUCCAUCAGUGCAGACCCGCCUUUCUCAGAACAGGUGCAGCAAGUGUUGCAUCAGGGUCAGCAUAUGCUGAGUUUGGCUCGACCAAGGUCAUUGUAUCAGUAUUUGGUCCGAGGGAAAGCAAGAAGGCAAUGAUGUAUAGUGAUGUUGGUCGUUUAAAUUGUCAUGUGAGCUAUACAACAUUUUCCACUCCUAUACGUGGCCAGGGCUCUGACAAUAAGGAAUAUUCAUCAUUACUUCACAAAGCAUUAGAAGGUGCUAUCAGACUGAAAACUUUCCCAAAGACCACCGUCGAUAUUUUUGCACUGGUACUGGAAUCUGGUGGUGGUGAUCUUCCUGUCAUUAUAAGUUGCGCAAGCCUUGCUAUUGCUGAUGCUGGAAUCAUGAUGUAUGACCUUGUGUCUGCUGUUUCACUGAGUUGUAUCGGAAAGAAAUUGGUAAUUGAUCCCACCUCAGAGGAGGAAGCUUGGCAAGACGGAAGCCUCAUGAUCACAUAUAUGCCAUCCCGUAACGAGGUCACCCAGUUUACACUCACUGGAGAAUGGUCCACUCCCAAAAUCAACGAGGCUAUGGAACUAUGCCUUGAUGCUUGCUCAAAGCUUGCGGAUAUUCUGAGGUUAUGCCUCAAGGAGAAUGCUUUAGAGUUGGCACCUUGAAACUAUUUAUGCUUCAAUUCUUCUGUUUGACAACCCCAAAACCCUGCACGACCUUUCCAUGAUCGAAAUUUCUAAGCUCCAGCCUGAUGAGAGACACACAAAAGUAAAUGGAUUCACAGCAUACCUGUGGACUAGAAUAAUCGUUAUGAAAUUUUGUGAUUGAAUCAUGUUGACCAAAAUGUACUACAAGAUUAAUUUGAUCUGACACAGGUCCACUAGUAUGCGCGGGUCUUACACAAGGUUCUAAAAACUCUACAUUUUAUCUUAUUUAAUGUUACAAUUUUAUUCAUUAAUGACAUGCACUGACUGAUACACGCAA